UUGUAUAGUGCAUAAGGAUGUCCGCAUAAUUCACACGAAUUUGAAUCUCAAGGGAACGGUAUUUUUUCCGAUAGACUAAACAGGAUAACAUUUUUUUUUGGUAUCGGCUGAUGCGAUGUUAAAUGUGCGCAAUGGUGGUCGUCAUUAGAAAUUGUAGAAAUAGAAUCUACACUGUAGUCACAAGCUUUUUUCAAGACUCAGAGUAAUCAGUAAAACACAACCUGUAGUCUGCUAAUUGAAGUGUGUGCCAAAUCUUCAGGUGGAACGGAAACGGUUGUUAGUGAUUUAUUGACGUACAAAGAAAGAUUGACAGACUAGCACUUUGUGGAAGCAUGGCUGAGAAAACAAGAAUCUGGCGUUCUAAAGAUCGGUGUGACCUAGAAUUUGACUACCUGGCAAUAGUAAAGUCCUUGCAAAGUUAUAGUGACUACAUGUUCGAACAUCACGUAUACGGGCAGGGUGAAGUUAAAUACAAAAGAACUGAUUCAGAAUCUGUAGGCGGCCAGUAUGUCAAUUUGAGCUCGGAUAUAAAAUUAACAUUUGUUAAUAAUCUUCAUAAAUGCAUUACUGAAAAAUGCGAACGAAACUGGUGUACCUUAAGUUUAAAAAACCACCAUUACAGUCGUGAAUUUGACGGUUGCACAUUUUGUUCUGUAUGUAUGCAAACAGGAAGUUUAAUUUGCUACUAUACACCUGUAUAUUCAGCCUUCAGUCGACUUAGAUUUUUGUGGAAAAGCAAACAUAAAUCCCAACGAACUUCAUACGUAGUGGGUCGUGAUUUAAAAGAUGAAAUUAAACGUUUUACACGUAAUAUAAACUACACAGACACUACUGACAUCGAUGACCUCCUUCAGAAGAUUUACUGGAAAGAUGAAAAAGUUUCAGAAAUACGUGUAGAAGUUGACCUCCAUCCUGUGAUAGAGUUAGACAGAGCAAAAGUAAUACAGAAGACAAGAACUAUACGGUUUUUAAAUAAAAAUAUUAUUUUAUUCCCAAGAGCCCUUUACCGUGAACACAUCUUCUACAGAUUAAUGUAUGGAACAAAUUACAAUAUUAUUGACUAUGUGUUAAAACUGUUACAUAUUAAUAAUAAAUGGAAAGUAAAGGUAACACCAGAUCUACGCAAUGACGAGAAAUACUUUCUGUUCCCGAAAUGUUUUAAUAACGAUUAUCCCGAAUGUUGGAGACUCUCAACUUAUCAGACCGAGUUGAAUAUUCUAAAUGAAGCAUCCAAAGAACACAGACUUGCAUAUUGUGUUCUAAAAUACUUCAUUUUAGUCAUAAAGUUUACAAUUAAUGAAGUAUUUCCUAUCAUUUCCAAUUACGAAGCUAAACUGGCAGUGAUCCAGCAUAUCAAACAGUGUGAAACUCCAGACGUUGGCGCGCAUGUAUGUGUGUUGAACAUUUUACAUGAUAUAGCGCUUUGGAAAGAAGGUUCUGCAUCGAUGGACCAUCCUAUAUUGAAACUGGAUUUGUACGGAAUACUCCAAAAAAAUGACAUUGUAUAUCUGUCCUUUCAUACAACAUUAUCGGCUGUAUGUCUGAAAAUACUGAUUCUUAUAUUAGCACACAAGCGAAGAGAUUAUUUUUUUACAGAUCUAUACAAUGACGCAAUUUUAAUUUAUCUUUAUUCAAGUUUUAUUUCAAUGCAAUAUAAAAAUAUUAUACAAACAUCCUUGAGUUCAGGGGAAACCCGGUUUACUAAAUUUACUGAUAUUAAAGAAUCAUUCAAUGACUUACAUAGCCUGGUAACUAGAAGGAAAGAACACGCUUCGAAAGAUGAACUGCGAGAAGUGUUAGUGCCUUUGUGUACAAGGAAGUUGCAAAUGCAACAAAAGCUGAAUAACUGGAAUUUUUAGUAUUUGAAAGUAUACAGAGGAGUGCUAAAAGGUUACAAGACUCUUACGCAAAGUUAUAUAAAUAAAUUGCAAACAUUGGAAAAGAUGACACAGAACAAGUGCAAUAAAUCUGUUGAAACAUAGCAGUGUUUAGCAUCUUGGAAAGGAACUCAUCUUAUGCUUCAUACAAUAUUCAAUUCUUUUUAUAAAAUCUAAAUGCUGAACGGUAAUAAAUAUAACUUUUGAAAAUACUUAACCUCAUUUAUCGGCCCUUUAAAUAAGAGGGCCAUCUAUAGGCCACAGACAAUCAUCCUAUGAAGUUUCAAGGCGUUUUUUUAGUUAUUAAGCUGAAACUGAAGGCGGAGCAUGUAUAUAUCGAGAACCUUAAAAUGAUCUGUUAAUAACACUGAUAUCCAUUUAAAACGCCAACCAACUUAAAAUUGAAAGAAACCAAAUGCUGAAAUAUUUUCGAAGACUUUAUUUAAGUUUAAAACAAUUACAUCGGAUUUAUUCGAUAGUUUAAAACAAUUAUAGGGGGAUUUCAAAACAAACAAUUAUAUUGGGCUUAGUGUCUAAGCUGUGUGAACUCCUUCGGAAAGCCUACUUUAUAAGUAGAAGUCAUAUUAUUUUCAAAUGUCUUACAAACUUCUAUUUAACAUGUACGGUAGUUUUGUUUUCUUUUUUUAGAAAUUUUCAGUGCGUACACAAGGAGAGUAAGAUGCAAACAGUCACCAGCAUGGAACAUGUUUGUGCGGAAAUCAAGGGAAAAGUUCGUCUUGAUUACAAGAAUGAAGAAAUACCUGACAUCAUGAGAGCAAUGGAUAUUUUGAUUAAUCGCUUCGUUGAUGAGUUAAAGUACAGCUUCCCUCAGUUACAUAAUCCUGUAAGGAC